AUGAAACAAAAAAAACUAUUGGCACAGAAGCGUCUUAAAAUAUCACGUCUGAUAAAACAAAAUGCAAAUUCCAAAAAAAACAAAAAAAAAUUGGAUCCAAGUACUUUGAUUAAUAACUCUGUAUUUAACUCAAAAAAUUCCAAAGCACUUGUCACUAUGCAGCUUUUGCAUAACAAAAAAAAGCCAUGGACACAAGCCGAGAAAAAUGUUGCUACAUCUAUAUAUUUUAAAUCCCCAUCAACAUAUAGGUUUAUGAGAAGAAAUAAGAUAGUUUUACCCGGAGUGACUUCUAUUCAGCGAUGGCUUAAAUCGUUGAUGUAUUUACCAGGUUUUGUAACAGAAUAUAAUUCUCAAUUGACAUUAAUGUCUAAAGUAAUGACUGAGCAAGAAAAAAAAUGUGUAGUGUUAAUUGAUGAAAUGUCAAUAAAAGCGUGUCUGGAGUAUAAUAAAUCAUUAGAUUUCAUUGAGGGCUAUGAAGAUCUAGGGCAUUUGGGUUGA